AUGGACACUAGACAAUUAGAAGCCGUACCAGUUUAAUCUCGAAAUACAGUGAAAUAAUAGGAAGUAUGAUAAUAUUAAGAUAAAAGGAUCUUUAUAUAUCAUUGCCAGAUUUAUAUAUUAGAAAAUAUGUGCUAUCUGAAAAAAUAUGUGCAUUAAAGAAACCAUACAUACCAAAAGUAAAUAUGCAUGAUCAAACAAAUUAAGAGGUAUAGAUGGAAAGUAAUUUUAGAUUCGAAGAGUUCCAAAAGUUUGGUAAUAAGUAAUGAAUGAUGUACAAUUGAAGGCACUUGAUUUUUCAGAGAGAUAGAAAUGGAAAGUAAAAGAAUAAUUUAUAUUAAUAUAUAGAUAGCUGUGAAUUAUUAAUUGGCAUAGGAAGCAAAGGCAAAUCAUUAGAUGUUAUAGAAAGAGAGGGAAGAAAUAGAGUAAUUUGGAAUUUGUAUUUCUUAUUCAUUAUGUCAGAUGGUAUAGAAAGCAUUUAAUUAAAUGGGUAAUUAUAAUUUUAGUAUAGAAUUAGAUAUUGAAGAACCAAAUCAAAAGCCAAUAUAAAAAUAUUUGAGAAUAAUGAAGAGUGAUAAUUAAGAAUUAGAUGAAUAGAGAUAUUAAGAUGCUCUUCAAAAAGUGAAAAGAUACUUAUCAACUAAUAGAGAUAUUUAUGUCUCUUUGGAAUCAUUAUUUCCAGAUAUGUAAUAAACAUAUUCAGAAUCAAAUACUCAUGAUAUUCAUUCUAAUGAUAGAAGGAAGAUUAAAUAAACAUAUGAUUUCGAUUUUAAGAAAAAAUAUGAGAAUCUAUAAGAGGCUCUGUAAUUGUUUGUGAAUAAAGAUAUUCCAUUAAAAGAAUCUUUUGAGAAGAGUAUGAUGAGUAUAGAGAGUUUUCCAACUUCUUUGGAUAUGAUUUUCAAAUAUAAAGCAAAAUCAUAUUAUUAAGAACCUUGUUUGGAUCCAGAAUAUGAAGAAUUAUUAUAUACAAUUGGUUGUACUCCUGAAUAGGUAUUAAAUGAUGGAGAAAAGAUGAUGAAGAAGUAUUAAAUCAUAUUAAUUAUAGAAUGAAGAUAUUUUCAAGUAAUUAAGUUGUAGAAUAACAAUUACUUCCAUAAUUGGAAUUAAAAGAUUUGUUUCGAUACAAAUAUAAUUAUAUAGAAAAAGAUUGUCAUUUUAUUUAGCAGAAUGGAAAAUUUAUACCUUUAAAUGCUGAAAGAUUCAAUUCACAUGCUUAAUCAAUAACAAAAUCAAAUGAAUUAGUCAAACAAUAUUUCAUAUAGUAAUAAUUAUACAUAAUCAAAUUUUUUAGUUAUUUUUAGAAAUUCUAAGGAGAUUUUAAUUAAGUUAGUUAAGCCUUAUCAUCAAAUACAGUCACAGCUAAUUUGUAUUUGUAUACUCCUAAUUUCUGUGCUGAUCUUUAUGCUUGGUUGAUAUUUAAUAAGAGUAUUCCAUCAAAUUCUAAAUUUAUCUUGCCUUAACAAUAUUAAAAGAAAUGUGAAACAAUUAAAUAAAUUUAGAAAUCUUNGAUAAUUCUAUCAUUGAUUUUGGAGAAUAAAUAGGGAACAUAAAAUUGA